AUGCUCUAUGCCAAAUUGGGACUAGUGCAGUUAGAGCUCCGAGCAGGACCAAAAGUCCCCAGACGGACGAUAUUCGCAAAUGUCAAGCUUCAGAACAUCGAUUUGAUCUUUCCAGCGCUGGGAUUAUCGAGACAUUACUCUUUAUUCAAGCCCCCAAUGCUGCAACGGGUUGUUUUUAGCGUGAUGCUAGACGAAUAUUCUCGAUACCGUGCCGUGCUUUUUACGGCUGCCGGUAUUGCUUUGCUGGGUGGCUUAUUUUAUGUCAAUUCCAACCAGGCUGCCUCGUCUGCAAACGCGCCCCAACUGCAACGUCGGGGUGCUAUUGUGCGUCGAAACCGUCGCGGAACCCAUGAUUUUGUGUCCGACACUCCCUCCUAUCGAGCGAUUGCGCACCUCGAGCAGCUCGAGAGAGAAAAUGGAGCGUACGGAACAUUCAGAAUUGAGACGGAGGAUGGGCGGAUGGUGGAAAGUGGUCUCCUUCCGUCUUUGCUUGCCACCCGCAAUCAACUCAUGGCUGAGGUUGGGAUGCCUGAAUCUCAUGCAGAACGAAUGCGUGAUAUGAUGGAGGAUACUUUUCUGGAGUCGUUCUUCGCGCUCGAUUUCCCGCCUAGCCACACCAUCCCUGAGAGCUCACCGGAGCGAGAGUAUCUGACGCGGGAGCUCAGUUAUCGCGGCAUCUCGCAUGCUGGAAUUAUUAGGGCUCUUGCGAAUUUCAAUGCGGAUCCCGCUUUUGGUGAAGCUUUGCGUGUUCGUCGCCAGCUCGGUACCAGAGUAACAUUAUCAGCAGCGACUCCAGCUCAGGAGCUUGAAGAACAUAAUCCGACUGUAGAGGAGGGAGCUGAGACGGAAAGCGUAUUCUCUUGGCGCAACGAUAACGCUGAUGGAGAGCCGGCUCGCGAGGGCCAGAAUCUACUCAAUCUUCUGUAUCACAUUGCAGAGGAUCAGGCAAAGAAGGAUGGAUAUAUACACCGUGGUGUGACUUGCAAUAAUUGCGGCAUGAUGCCUAUUCAAGGGAUUCGUUACCGUUGCGACAACUGUGUAGACUUUGAUCUUUGCGAGAACUGCGAAGCUCAGCAGGUUCACAACAAGACUCACGUCUUCCUCAAAAUCCGUAUUCCGGCCCCGUAUAUGGGUAUCCCACGUCAAGGACGACCAGUCUGGUAUCCUGGAAGACCGGAAACGCUUCAAAAGAAUCUUCCUCCACCUUUAGCCCGACGUUUAGUCAAAGAAACCACCUUUGAAAGCACAGAAGUUGACGCCCUGUGGGACCAAUAUCGCUGCUUGGCUAAUACUACGUGGCCUGCAGACCCUAACAAAUUAGGGAUGGCUAUUGACCGCAAGACCUUUGAUCGCUGUUUUAUACCGAAUACUUCCUCUAGGCCCCCGCCCCCAAGUCUGAUUUUCGAUCGCAUGUUUGCAUUCUAUGACACAAAUGGAGAUAAUCUCAUUGGCUUUGAGGAAUUUAUCAAGGGCAUUGCGAGCUUCAAUAAUAAAGCAAUAGACGAAAAAAUGCGCCGCAUCUUUAAAGGCUAUGACGUUGACGGCGAUGGCUAUGUUGAGCGAAAAGACUUCCUGCGCAUGUUCCGCGCAUACUAUGCACUUAUCAAAGAGUUGAGUGCCGAUCUAGUUCAGGCAUGGGAGGAGGACUUUGGUCCUGGCGACGGGACUCUUGCACGCGACAUUGUUCUAGGCACACGUCCUAUCAGUUCGGCAUUUAGUGGCAACUUUGGCAAUGCAGAAGCCCCGAGAAAUGGAGAGGGGAAGCGAACCAAUCUUGACGGGGACAUGGAGAUUGUUGACGGAGGAGGUAUUUUGCGACCUGAUGGCACGGAUUACGGUGAUAUGUACUCCGCUGUAGGUGAUGCCGCUGUUCGCCGAGAGUUCCGACAACCGCGAUCCUUAUCCAUCAUUCAUCGUGUGGUGUCACCCCCGUCUUCGGUAUCUGAGGAUGGAAUUGAGGGCGAGCACGAAGCUGAAGGUGAUGACGAACAAGAACAGCCUGAAUUGAACGAAGGGGAAGAAGCGGAAGAAGAGGAGGAAGAACUAGACGAAGAAGAUAGUGGAGAGGAUGAAGAAGAGGGGCCAGAGGAGGAAGCCGAAGAUGGUGCAGAAGAAGAACGGGAAGAGAUCAUGCGCCCUUCCACUGUCGACGAAGCCCGGAGGAGGGCAGCCCAUGAGCGCUGGCGCCGUCGUCAGUUCUACACAGACGAAGAAGAUGGCGCAACAGCACCUGAAGGAUUCGAUACAGACACAGACAUACACGACUCCGGAGAUGACUCAGUCUAUCCGGAGCAAUCUUCCCGACCACCAUCUUUGCGGUCAAGAUCGUCUUCAAAGGUUCGCUUUGAAGAUGAUGAUUACGACGUACGUUCUAAUGGCUCGACCUCGGUUGGGGAACGUUGGGGUGGAUUUGACGUGCCCGAACCAGAAAGGGACAUUGGUAAAGAGAUCCUUUACCAAGCAACUAAAGAAGGGAUGAAUGAUCUUUUGGAUGUCUUAUUCAAGCAAAAAGAAGAUCUUUUAAUGGAGGCUCACAGGACGCGUAAAGACCGUCUUCAAUGGGCUGCCGAGAUUGAGUCUUUCGUGGAUCCUAAGAAGCGCUUCAAUUCGCACAGUCCAGAACCAAUUCGGUCUGAAACCGGGGAUAAAGAGCUGGAUCAUCUUCUAGAUGCUUCGGGCUAUUCGAUAGUUGACAACAUGGAAAACGACGUGGAUAGCAACAUCGGGUCAGAACCUAACAUAGAUAUCGUCCCUCCCCCAGAAGAGAGAGUUGAAGAAGCCGAUCCGACUCUUCCGCAGAACAGACCUAAUGAAGCAGUAACCGUACCGACUAUUGCUGCUGCCGCUGCUUCAUCUCUUCGUCUGAGAUUUGAUGGAUCUACAACCUUCCCAGCUCCACAGUCCGACGACUCGGACCAAGCGGAGGCAACAGCACCCAAAUUCUCGCCGGUUUUAAAGCCAUCGCCGUCUUCCGGCUCACCCGUUCAUCGCUCACCUGAACUCCCCCCUUUGCCUCAGCAGCCGACUAGUCUCCCCUCUCGUCGUCAGCUAGCCUAUUGGGCGCGUCUAAAUCAAGUUGAACGAGAAUCUAUUGAACGAGGCGGUGGCGCCAAGCUGAAUUAUGACGAGUUCCGCCGCAUCAUGAAUACUGAAGAGGGGAAGAAGCUCAGCUUCAUCAGCACCUAUAUUGAAAUGGCCAGCUUUUGA